AUGUCUGAAUCAGCAACUGAUAAAUCCAAGUUACCCGCAUUUGACCAACAUUAUUUUUCAUCUUACGAUCAUUUUGGUAUUCAUGAAGAGAUGUUGAAAGAUACUUCUCGUACUUUGAGUUACCGUAAUGCUAUGUAUAGAAAUAAAGCAUUGUUUAAAGAUAAGAUUGUUCUUGAUGUUGGUUGUGGUACUGGUAUUUUAUCAAUGUUCGCUGCUAAAGCAGGUGCUAAACAUGUCUAUUCUGUUGAUAUGUCAUCUAUUAUUGACAAAGCUAAAGAAAUUGUUUCAUUGAAUGGAUUUGAAAAUAAAAUCACUUUAUUACAAGGUAAAUUGGAAGAUAUUACCUUACCUGUUGACAAAGUUGAUAUUAUUAUUUCAGAAUGGAUGGGAUAUUUCUUGUUAUAUGAGUCAAUGUUGGAUACUGUGUUGUAUGCAAGAGAUAGAUACCUUGUUGAAGGUGGGUUGAUUUUCCCAGAUAAAUGUCAAAUGUACAUUGCUGGUAUUGAAGAUGGUCAAUAUAAGGAAGAAAAAAUUCAUUACUGGGAAGAUGUUUAUGGAUUUGAUUAUUCUCCAUUUAUCAAGACUGCUAUGGAAGAACCAUUGGUUGAUACUGUCAACAAUCAAUCUUUGAUCACUAAGGGUAACAAAUUCUUUGAAUUCGAUAUAAACACUGUCACCAAAGAAGAAUUGUCUUUUAAGAGACCAUUUGAAUUGGAAGCCAUUGAUGACGAUAUGUGUCAUGCUUAUAUUGUUUACUGGGAUGCUAUUUUCCCAGGUAAAGAAAGAGUUAUCUUACCAACUGGACCAAUGCAUCAAUACACCCAUUGGAAACAAACUGUUUUUUACAUGGAUCAAGUUUUAGAUCUUAAGAAAGGUGACACUAUUCGUGGUGAAAUUUCUGCAGUUCCAAGUAAAAGCAACCCAAGAGAACUUGAUAUUGAUAUUUCCUGGGAAUUGAAAACUAAAGCUAAGGACCAAGGUAGAGAGCUUAAAGGAGAGUAUAAAUACUUCUUACGAUAG